AUGAGGUUGUGUAUAGAUUAUCGAGAGUUGAACAAGGUGACAGUGAAGAAUAAGUAUCCAUUACCAAGGAUCGAUAAUUUGUUUGACCAGUUGAAAGGAGCAGGGGAUGAAGAAGAGCAUAAGAAGCAUUUGAGACAAGUGUUGUCAUGUUUAAGAGAGCAUCAGUUGUAUGCCAAGUUGUCUAAGUGUGAGUUUUGGUUGGAGAAAGUAGCAUUUUUGGGCCAUGUGAUUUCCAAGGACGGAGUUUCAGUGGACCCAAGCAAGAUUCGAGCUGUGAGUGAUUGGCCAACCCUAAAGAAUGUGUCGGAUGUAAGGAGUUUCUUGGGUUUAGCAGGCUAUUACAGAAGGUUUGUGAAGGAUUUUUCAAUGAUCGCGAAGACCAUGACAAGUUUGAUGAAGAAGGAGCAUAAGUUCUCAUGGACCCAAGAGUGUGAGGAGGCAUUUAAGAUCUUGAAAGAAAGGUUGACCACAACACCUGUGCUGGCUUUGCCGAAAGGGAGUGAUCUAUAUGACGUGUAUAGUGAUGCAUCGAGGUUGGGAUUGGGAUGUGUGUUGAUGCAGAAUCAAAGGGUGAUUGCGUAUGCCUCGAGGCAGUUGAAGGUUCACGAAGGGAAUUACCCAACCCAUGAUUUGGAGUUAGCUGCAAUAGUGUUUUCCUUGAAGACUUAG